AUGAAAAUUGCCAUCCAAGUCUCACUUAUACUCCUUUUAGUAACUGUUUCCGAAUGUGCGGUGAUCACUGGGGCCUGUGAAAGAGAUCUACAGUGUGGAGCAGGUACCUGCUGCGCCAUCAGUCUAUGGCUCCGAGGGCUCCGGAUGUGUACUCCACUGGGGCAGGAAGGAGACGAAUGUCACCCGGUUAGCCACAAGGUCCCUUUCUUUGGGAAACGCCAACACCACACAUGCCCCUGCUUGCCGAACUUGCUGUGCUCCAGAUUCAUAGAUGGCAGAUACCGGUGUUCGAUGGACUUUAAGAACAUAGACUUUUAG